UCAGGGUAUCCCUAUCCUUCAAGAGGCCUGAAGCUUAACAGAAUCGAGGGGUAAUCUGAGUGAAGAGUGCGCACAGGGCAGAAAACCUGCGUUUGUUCCCGCUACCGUGUGUAGGCUCUCGCACAUGAUAUUUUUUUCUUGUCGUAAACAACACGCCCGCGCGAUUGACUUAACCAGUUUGGCCUCAACCUCGCCUACUACUAACAAACCAGUUGUUACUGUUGUCGGUGACAUGUCUGACAAUCGCAAAAGCUUCGGCCUCCCACCCAAUUGGCCCCAGAUGCCUACUGAUACCGGCGCUCCCUCCUCUGGUUCCACUCGCCUAGAUCCAGUUCUCGAGGGUUCAGUUGCCGACGAGGAUACCUUCGAGUAUCGCCAACAGCAACCAGUCGAGGAAGCGCGUGGUGUCGGCACUGCAACACCAGCUAUGUCCAUCCCCGGCUCAACUGCUACGAACCCUCCAAUGGAUGCCGACGGCCGCUCACAGUCUGCGCCAUGCACCACUGUGCGAGCAGAGCAAGUGAACUGGUUCGCAACCGCAACUUCCAACGACCUGUUUGGCUUUCCUCCAGUGGCCCAGCAGCUAGCCAUGAACGCUGCCGAGGCCACACGCAUCCUCCCCGACGAUGCCACACCACCCGAAGGCAACACGGCUGUUUUCAAGCAGGCCAACCGGCCGCUCCUCCCGGGCGAGAACCUCUUCGAGGCGGUAAAUCCGAUCGACGACUGGCGCCGCUUUCACAACCUCCUCGGCGGCUUCAUCCCUAAUCCAGGCACGGAGGAUAGGCCGCCUCCUACGUGGAACAAGGAGCCCGCAGGCCAAGACCCCGUGAGCGAGCCAGAGGUGCGGGACGACGGUGCGUUCCGACCGUACCGCCGGUCGCGUGGCGGUGAGGGCUAUCGACGUCGGCGUCGUAGGGGUGCUGGUCGGGGCCGUGGUGGUCGUGGUGGUCGUGGCGGCCUUGAAGGCAGUCGCGAUCAAGCCCCUCACGACGACGUCGUUGCUCAUCGUGAUUCACGCAUGUUUGAGGAUACGCACCUUUUCUAUCGCGGAUAGUCAGAGACUAGAGCCCAGUCGACUGUCAGCAGGGUUAGUGAUGUGUGUCGAUGUGGGCUGGGCGGUUUUGGCUAACGAGACACAGGGGAGGAGGUUUAACCUGGAGGCUGCGGGCUUUACACGGUCGGCUGGUUGCACGCCUAGCU